AUGUCUAUCGGAAAGAGCAUGCUGGGUCGCCGGCACGUUCUCCCCUCUGUCGUUUCCACCCUGUACGAAUUACAGGUAGAAGGAACAUUCACCACCGGUACCUAUCUCGUGACCGUACACAACCCUAUCAGUAGCGACGAUGGAGACCUUGAAAAGGCUCUUUACGGCAGUUUCCUCCCCAUUCCCCCAGCAGAUGCCUUCCCCGACCCCGACCCGGAUGACUAUGAACCCGAGAAGACGCCCGGAGCGAUAAUACCCGUGAAGAACGAACGUAUCGUCCUGAACGAGGGAAGGAAGCGAAUCAAGCUCAAGGUGAUGAGCAGGGGUGACCGUCCUAUUCAGGUCGGUUCGCACUACCACUUCAUCGAAACCAACCCGCAGCUGCACUUCGACCGCCUUCGAUCCUAUGGAUAUCGACUCGACAUUCCCGCCGGUACGUCGGUACGAUUCGAACCCGGAGACACCAAGGUGGUUACGCUCGUGGAAAUUGGUGGCCACCAGGUUAUUCGUGGAGGUAACUGCAUCGCGUCCGGCAAGGUCGAUCUUGCCCGUGCCGAGGAGAUCAUGGCCCGUCUACAAGUGCAGAACUUCGCCCAUGUUCCCGAACCUACUGCCGAUAGCGCGCUGGUACCUACACCGUUCUCGAUGGAUCGUGAGGCCUAUGCGCGCAUGUUUGGCCCUACUACUGGUGAUCUCGUGCGUCUGGGUCUGACCAACCUCUGGGUUCGUGUGGAGAAGGACUACACAUCUUAUGGAGACGAGUGUACAUUCGGCGGUGGCAAGUCUAUUCGAGAUGGCAUGGGUCAAUCUUCGGAAAAGUCUACGGAGCAUGCUUUGGACACCGUUGUCACGAACGCUCUGAUCAUCGACUGGACUGGUAUCUUCAAGGCUGAUAUUGGAAUCAAGGAUGGGCUCAUUGUGGGCAUUGGUAAAGCUGGAAACCCUGAUAUUAUGGAUGGUGUCACCCCGGGCAUGACUAUCGGCUCUUCCACCGAUGUUAUUGCAGGUGAAAACAAGAUCGUCACAGCUGGUGGUUUCGACACUCAUAUCCACUUCAUUUGCCCCCAGCAGGUGGAUGAGGCGCUCGCCUCUGGUAUCACUACGUUCUUGGGAGGAGGAACCGGUCCUUCGACUGGCUCCAAUGCCACAACUUGCACGCCUGGCCCCGUUCACAUGCGCCAGAUGCUCCAAGCCUGCGACCGUCUGCCCAUCAAUGUUGGUAUCACCGGUAAAGGUAACGACUGUGGUGGCGUAAGCAUCGAGGAGCAGAUCUAUGCUGGUGCCGCCGGAUUGAAGCUGCACGAAGAUUGGGGUUCUACGCCCGCCGCUAUUGACAGCUGCCUCGACCUGUGCGACAAGUUCGACGUCCAGUGCAUGAUUCACACUGACACGCUGAACGAAUCCGGUUUCGUUGAACAAACCAUCGAAUCAUUCAAGAACCGCACUAUCCACACCUACCACACCGAAGGUGCCGGAGGUGGUCACGCUCCGGACAUCAUCUCGGUUGUGGAGCACCCCAACGUCCUCCCCAGUAGUACCAACCCAACCCGUCCCUUUACUCUCAACACCCUCGAUGAACAUCUUGACAUGCUUAUGGUCUGCCACCAUCUGUCCAAGAACAUUGCCGAGGACGUCGCCUUCGCAGAGUCUCGUAUCCGUGCCGAAACCAUUGCGGCUGAAGAUGUUCUUCACGACCUUGGCGCUAUUAGCAUGAUGUCUUCCGACUCCCAGGCUAUGGGUCGCUGCGGUGAAGUCAUCCUGCGGACGUGGAACACCGCACACAAGAACAAGGAGCAGCGCGGCCCGCUGCCCGAGGAUGAAGGCACCGGUGCCGACAACUUCCGCGUGAAGCGCUACGUCAGCAAGUACACCAUUAACCCGGCCAUCGCGCAGGGUAUGUCCCAUAUGAUCGGCAGUAUCGAGGUCGGCAAGAUCGCCGAUCUCGUCCUGUGGACGCCCAGCGCGUUUGGUGUGAAGCCAACGCAGGUGGUGAAGAGCGGCAUGAUCGCUGUGUCAGUGAUGGGUGACCCCAACGCAUCCAUUCCCACCGUCCAACCGGUCAUCAUGCGUCCCCAAUUCGGCGCCCUUGUCCCCUCCACAUCCAUCACCUUCGUCUCCCAAGCCUCCCUCGACGCCGGCGUGGUCCAAUCCUACAACCUGCAAAAACGCGUCGAAGCCGUCAAAAACUGCCGCAACAUCGGCAAAGCCGACAUGAAAUUCAACGACAUCAUGCCCAAGAUGCACGUCGACCCGGAAAGUUACCGUGUCGAGGCGGAUGGAGUGCUCUGCGAUGCCGAACCGGCAGGCAGUCUGCCCCUGACACAGGAUUACUUCGUUUACUAA